AUGGGGUUGGUGGGGGAGAUCCUGGGUCAUCCAGAUGAGUUCAUGCCGUUGCUGCGGAUCCGACACAUGGCGAAGAUGGUGUCGAAGCUUCCCGACGACGAGGAUUUCGCCUUCUGCUACGGCAUGCUUAACCGCGUUAGUAGGAGCUUCGCCUUCGUCAUUCAGCAGCUGCACCCGCUGCUGCGCGACCCGGUGUGCAUCUUCUACCUCGUCCUACGCGCCCUUGACACAGUCGAGGACGACAUGGCAGUGCCAAUAGACGAGAAGGUCCCCAUCCUCAUCGCAUUCCACCAACACAUCUGCGACCCCGACUGGAAAUUCGUCUGCGGCAGCAAGGACUACAAGGACCUCAUGCAGCGCCUGCACCACGUGCGCCAAGCACUUGAGAAGCUCGAGCCCAGUUACAAGGCGGUGAUUCUAGACAUCACAAAGCGCAUGGGAGCAGGCAUGGCGUCCUUCAUCACCACCGAGGUGGAGACGGUGCCACAGUACGACGAGUACUGCCACUACGUGGCGGGGCUGGUGGGCAUUGGCCUGUCGGACCUCUUCCACGCUGCCAACCUGGAAGAAGCGUUUGAAGAGUCCCUCUCCAACUCCAUGGGCCUCUUCCUGCAGAAGACCAACAUCAUCCGGGACUAUCUAGAGGACAUCACAGAGGAGCCCGCUCCACGCAUGUUCUGGCCCAAAGCCAUCUGGGGCAAGUACGCCUCGCGCCUUGAGGACUUCAAGGACGUGGAGAGCAAUGGAGCAGCGGCAAUGAAGUGUGUGAACGAGCUGGUGACCAACGCCCUGGGCCAUGUCUCGGACUGCCUCACCUACAUGCACCGCCUCCGAGACCCCCAAGUCUUCCGCUUCUGCGCCAUUCCCCAGAUCAUGGCCAUGGGCACGCUCGCACUGUGCUACAACAACAUUGGCGUCUUCCAAGGCGGGGUCAAGAUGAGAAAAGGUCUAGCGGCGAAGGUGAUGGAGCAGACGUGGAGCAUGGCGGACGUGCGCUCCUCAUUCACAGACUUUGGCUUCGAGAUCCUGAAAAAGGUGGACGAUUCAGAUCCAAACUCGCAGGCAACACGGGAGUGUAUUGGCAAGAUCAUCGCCUCGUGCAGAACAGAGGGAAGGCUAGUAAGGGGACGCCUGUCAGUCUCUGACGCUGAUCUUCUACGUGGUCUCAUACAACCCGUAGCCAUGGCCAAGUCCUACCCUACCGUCAGCGAGGAGUACCAGACUGCCGUUACCAAGGCUAAGAGGGAGUUGAGGGCUCUCAUUGCGGAGAAGAACUGCGCUCCCAUCAUCGUUCGCCUGGCUUGGCAUGGUGCUGGCACUUUCGAUGUCAAGGACAAGUCCGGAGGUCCGUUCGGAACGAUCCGCAAGCCGGAGGAGCUGGCGCACGGAGCGAAUGCUGGUCUCAAGUGGGCUGUCGACGUCCUCGAGCCCAUCAAGGCCAAGUACAACAUCCUCUCGUACGGCGAUCUCUACCAGCUUGCUGGAGUCGUCGCUGUGGAGAUCACUGGAGGCCCAGAGAUCGAAUUCCAUCCCGGACGCAAGGAUGGGGAGAAGGUUCCGCCCGAAGGCCGCCUACCAGAUGCCACGAAGGGCUCCAACCACCUGAGGGACAUUUUCUACAAGAUGGGUCUCAACGACAAGGAGAUCGUCGCACUCUCUGGCGCUCACUCUCUGGGGAGAUGCCACAAGGAGAGGUCAGGGUUUGAGGGCGCGUGGACCACACAACCCCUGAAGUUCGACAACGAGUACUUCGUCAACCUUCUGGGCGACAAUGAGAAGGGUCUGCUGGUGCUUCCCAGUGACAAGGCUCUCGUGGAGGAUCCUGAGUUCAAGAAAUAUGUCGAAAUCUAUGCCAAGGACGAGGAUGCCUUCUUCGCUGACUAUGCUGCGGCCCACGUAAGGCUAUCUGAGCUCGGGUAA